GUCAAAGCACUAUUCCAUCGACGUACUAGAAGUGAUGCAUCGCGCUUUACUUGUUUCCGAAAUUCUCCUGGAGGUUUUCAUGUAUAUUAAAAAAGUCCCGGACCCACAUGUGCCGUCUUGCGAGACACCAUUGACGCGGAAAUCCCUUGCAGCGCUUGCUAGGACAUGCAAAACUUUUUAUGAGCCUGCAAUGGAUUUGCUUUGGGCUAAGUUGGAAGGAAUAGCACCACUGCUAAGCUGCGUAACGAGGCUAUAUCCAAUCAUAUAUCCCCGCAACUCAGAGUACUUCUGCUUUGAUGGUAUCGAGCAGCUCAAGCCAUUAUCUGAGCAUGAAGUCCCUCAAUUCCUGCAUCACGCCUUCCGUGUUCGCUCAUUGAGAAUAUGGAACGGCGGUCACCAUCACUUUCUCUCAGCCCUCCCGAUGGAGACAUGCAUGUUUCCGAGAUUGUUAUCGCUAACAACGCAUGCAGAUCUGAAUAAAUACUUGCAUCUCUUCCUGUCACCCACACUGCGUCAUUGUACCCUACCAGCUGUUCAUCCGGAUUUAAAAUCUGUUCCAAUCCUCUGUGCUACUUUGAAGGACUUGUCCAUCAAAUCCCUUGGACACACAGCAGCAGAUAUGCAGGUGCUGUAUGACAGUAUCCGUUUGUGCAAGCGACUUGUGAAUCUGACUUGCCCACUACUCGAUUGGACAACAUGGGAAUACCUUUCCAACCUCCCUACCCUUCUUACGCUGGAGAUCUGGGACACCCUUCCGUGUCAUUCAUUAGGGUUGUGUAAUCUCAAUUUAGCACCUUUUCUCAACGUCACAAAACUGUGUUUCUUUAUCAGUAGAGCCGCAUACACCAUCGCAAUCAUGCAACACCUAGAAUUUCCCUCGCUAAAUCAAUUUGAGAUGGAAGUCUCGGAUUUACCUUGGGCAGAUACUAAGCCGCUCUUUCAUGUACUGUCACAGCACAAAACCCUUUCACACAUCACCAUCUCCUCUGAACGUGGUUAUCGAGAACCUCGGGACCUCUUGGUCAGCCCCUCAAUGCCAAUCAGGCAAUUGUUUUGUCUCACGCAAUUGCGAACCCUGCACCUCAAAUUUCCUUAUUGCUCCAUAAGCCUUGACGACGACCUACUUUUGGAAGCCAUGUCGGGUUGGCCGCACAUCCGAAUGCUGGAAUUCAUUGAUCCACGGGUGGUGGAACCUGCUGUUAUAUUCCACGGAAUAUUCAUUGAUCCACAGGUGGUACCUGCUGUUACAUUCCAUGGACUAUUCACAGCGCUCCACCAAUGCCCCCGCUUGCAUACGCUGAACAUACCAUUGGAUGCCAUCGAUAUCGAUAUCGAUCCUACAGCCGAGCCGUUCCUUCAUACCUCCCUACAAAACUUGAACUUGACCUCCUCUGACCUAUCAGAUGCUGAAGCUGUAGCCCGCAUUAUUUUCUCGGUGCUCCCUUCUGUCGAUCGAAUUUUCCCGGCGGGAGACGAGCCCUCUGGUGUCUACCUUGAGGUCCAGAAGCAUCUUGAAUCUUUUAGGGCAUCUGCGGUUCUUAGUCCCCAUAUCCUCACCUGAUCAUUAUAUCACGCAUGUCAGGUGUUUUGAUAUGAAACACGGAACGUUUCACGUACGUACCUAGAGUAAUGAUGUCUUUACCUCAGAAUAAUACUGUUACCUUUCCGUUAUUCUUCUUUGCUUCUUGGUACUAUACAGUGAUUCACCAUCGUCACUCAGCCACCGCAUCAUUCCGUCCCACAUCAUAUUAAUGGCGUGCACCGUAUGUUUGUCUUUCCCUCAGCGUUUGUUCUUACUCACUGAGGUAUGUUUAUUCUUGUACACGUACCUACACAUACUAAAUGUAGAGCAGACUCUCUCGUUGUUCUAGCCUACACUGAUGCAUCGCGC